AUGGCAUGCAAAACGUCAUUCGAACUUCAUCACCAUUUCCCUAAAUUGGCUGAAGAAUCAGGAUUUACUUUUAACACACAUCGACCGCGUAUCCAUAUAGACUGGAACAAAAUUAGACUGAUAGAUAUAGAUAGUUUGGUAAAAGACAGAAAAUUUGUUAUCAUUGAACAACAUUUGAAUGACAUUUUGGAUUGCGUUAUAGAAUCCGAGUUUGAUGUUCGUAUACUCGAUGAAGGUGUUAUGAAACUGUUUAGACUUGCGCAACUGGCUGUCGAAUAUCAACAAUUUUGCCGUCAUUACCUGGAUCGGAGUGUAUACGUAUUACGAGAAGAAAUAACUUCACUGGCACAGGAAUUAGAUACUUGCAAAAAAGAUCUUCGAGAAAGAGAUGAAGAAAUAAGGAGACUAAGAAAGAGAUCUCGACAUAAUUUUAAAAAUCCUUUGCCUUACGGUAAUGAUAACAUAGCGACUAUGAUUUUGAAAACUCUAUCUCAUAAAGGCGAUAUGUUUCCUACGACAUCGAACGAUGCAUUACAAUACAAUAAAUGCAACUAUUGCGAUAAAGUAUUUCUCAAUCAAUUGUAUUUAAGAAGCCAUAUCGCUAGAAGACAUUCAAAUGUCGUGGAAGCCCCGCAGAAAGACAAACAAGAAAAUGCCACAAAUAAUGAAAAUAGUAUGUUAAGUGCGGAAGUUAAUGAACUUAAAAAUAAAUUGAGAGAAAUGGAAUUAGUUAUAGCAAGCACAAAGAAUCAAAGUAAUCCAACAAUUGAAAUAAAAUCUAAGACUGAUGAUACAGUUAAAGACAACAAAAAAAAUAUGAAGGAUGCGGAAGUAUCUACAAACAAUGAAGAUUACUUAUUGAACAAAAUUGAAGAAUGGAAAAAAGAGGAGCACGAAAAUUACAAUAAAGAAAUGGAUAAAUUGCGAAGCCAAAUUAUAGAAUCCAUAAAAAAUAUUAAAGAAAAAGAAAUUCAAAAUUCUUUGCCAACUGAGCCCAAAAUAAUUAAAGAAUUACACGAAACAAUAAAACAGCAAGGCGCAGAAAUAUUAGCUUUAAAAAAGGAACUGAACGAUGCUAGGAUUAGAACGGAAAAAGACAAGGCUGAUCGAAACAAAGAAACCGAAGCACAAAUAUUACUUUGGUCGAAUCGAGCCGAAGCUCAAACUAGACAAUAUGAACUAUUGCUUCAGAAGCUGAAUGAUGUUGCCAAAGACGCUAAAGAAUCUCGUGCUCUCGCAGAAGCAGAGAGGGAACGAGCUGCUCAGCUACAAAUAUUAUUACAACAAAGUAUGCAUGCUAAAACAAAUGGAUCCCCAUUUGUUUUUGACAGCACUGAUGAUGCACCGACGCCGUCGAAGAAGUCCAACUAUUCUGAUAAUAGGAAAAAACCUAUGAAAAAGAAAACGAAUACAAAGAAACCUGACCAAGAAGUUGAACUCAAAACCCUGGAACAGCUGCAUCGUAAGGCUCAAGAAUUAUUAAAUAUUGGCUCUAUGACUUCCAGUUCUUCGGAUACUUCAAGUGAAGUAAUAGAAAAGCCAUUGCAAACAAAAUCUUUAGAUAUAAAAGCAAGUAUUAAUAACAAUAAUGAUAAGUCAAAUAGAGUAAAAAAAGUAGAAGAAAAGCAUCAACAGAAGUCUAAUGAACGAGAAGUGCAGGUUUUACAUGAAAAGACCCCAAUUAAACGAAAAGCUGAAGUGAAGAAAGAAAAGCCAAAAUCAAAUCACAGUAAAACUUCGAAAGAAGUCACACUACCUGAGAAGCUUCCUAUUCCUGGAAGCCCGAUGAAAGUUAUUAGGGCGAAAAUAACUGAAGAAGUAAAUAGCCGACUAGUAUCGGCUGGAGUGGAUCCACUAAAACAUAGACUACCUCGAAGUGUCUUCCAAAAACAACGUUUACAGAUACACCAGCAGCAGGAAUUGAAAGCAAAGAAAAAUUCUGCCCACGAAAAAGUAAGACAUACAAUUCUAGCAUACUUGGACGCCAGUACAACAGAUUUGAAAAAAAAUGUUCCCCAAAUACAGGAUUAUGUUUCCCCCACAAAGGCAACAAAACCGUUUAGAAAUUUUACAAGUGUUAUUUCCAAUGUCAAAACAAAGGCGUUAUCGUUAGUGAAAAUGAAUGAUACAAAUGCUAAAGAUAAGCGUAAAUCGUUGAACGCUGAAGUUGCAAAACGGGCGAUGUCUUUAUUGAAAACUCCCCCGGGUUCAACAUCGACUAGCCCAGUAGCUGUAAAACGCAGUCCUUUUAAGACAUUUACGACUACCCAAAAUGUUUCUACUAAAGCUUUAAAUACGAAUGUACCAGAUGAUGAGACAAGUGUCAAGAAUUCUAUGAAUAAUUCUCCUAAAAUUGUGAAAAACAUAACAACGACUAAUUAUUCUGACGAUGGUUCUGAUGAAAGCGAUCACAAAUAUUACAAUACAACAAAAGUGCAACAAACAUCGAAAUCUAUUGAGAACCUUAUUAAGUCUCCAGCUCGUAGACCGUCUUCUGCUGCUGCUGACUACAACCACUCACUAGUAAAAAAAUAUACUAUUAGUGAUGAUCACUUAUUGCGGACACAAUCAACCACUAGUUUGAUUGAACGAUCUUUAAAUUCAAACGGAAGCAAAAACAAUGCACCACCAAGAAACAAUGAAAACAGCAGUGAUGAUGCGGAAUCACUACUAGAGCUACCUGUGAAAAAGAAUCAAUUGGGUAACAAUGCCGACAGUAUUAUCAAACAAACAAAAAGUGUUUUGAAAAACGCUUCUUCAACGUCGUCUUUGAAUAAAAAGAAGGUACUUUUUGAUAUGGACGCAAUUCAAAUGAAAUCUGUAAGUGCAUCGCCAUCACAAAGUAUUACGGAAAAAAGUGAUGGAAACGAAAAAUAUGAAUUAGGUUUAGUUAAUCUCGAUGCUGACGAAUGGGACAUAUCAAGCAUUGAAAAUGAACCGCUGAAAAAUGACACAAAAAUUCAAAAUAUAACAACUCACACCACCAGUCCAAAGAUAGCUGAAUUAAAACUAAAGAUAGAAUCACAAUUAGCACGCCGAAACGAUACGCCUACAGCGCCGCUUGUUGGAGCAGUAGAUGUUUUGGCUGGUUCGAUGGCAAAAGCCUCAAGUUUGGCUGGUAGUAACACCAGCCUUGGCAGUUCCAUCCUAGAUGAUUCUGAAAGUAUACCAAAUCAGAAAACGUUCGUGAAACCUAAGCCUGUAAGAGUUGCCGCCAAAGAUGAAAGUGACAUAGACAUCUCGGAAUUUAGUAUGGAUGGCAUAGUAAAUAAGAAUGAAUCUUUUUGA